AUGUCUCUAGUGAUCCAAGAACAAGGUUCCUUCCAACACAUUUUGCGUUUGUUGAACACUAACGUUGAUGGUAACAUCAAGAUCGUGUACGCGUUGACCACCAUUCGUGGUGUCGGUCGUCGUUACGCUAACUUGGUUUGCAAGAAGGCCGAUGUCAGCUUGCAAAAGAGAGCUGGUGAAUUGACCCAGGAAGAAUUGGAGAGAAUUGUCCAGAUCAUGCAGAACCCUACCCAAUACAAAGUCCCAGCCUGGUUCUUGAACCGUCAAAAGGACGUCAACGACGGUAAGGACUACCACAACUUGGCUAACAACUUGGAAUCCAAGUUGAGAGACGAUUUGGAAAGAUUGAAGAAGAUCAGAGCCCACCGUGGUAUCAGACACUUCUGGGGUUUGCGUGUUAGAGGUCAACACACCAAGACCACCGGUAGAAAGAGAGCUUAA